AUGGCCUCCCAGGCAGUGCCCGUCCCCGAAGUCCUUGAUCGCGAAAAGGUCCAAGCCUUGGAACGAGUAGAGUCAGCCAGGUCAAACGUCCUGGAAGACUUGGGGCGGGGCGAAGGCAUUUCUUACGACGACCUCCCCAUCAUCGAAGUAUCCCCAGAAGAGAACAGAAGGGUACUGAGGAAGCUCGACUGUCUACUGCUGCCUCUCACGAUGAUUGCCUACACAUUGCAAUACGUCGACAGGUCUGCCAUGAGCUAUGCCGCCGUCUUUGACUUCCGGACUGACCUCCAUCUCGUGGGCCAGCAGUACUCGUGGCUGGGGAGCGUCUUCUUCCUUGGUUACCUCGCUUUCGAGUUUCCAGGCUCAUACAUCCUCCAGCGUCUCCCUCUUUCCAAGACCAUGGGCGCCUCUAUCAUCAUCUGGGGCGGUCUGCUCAUGUGCAUGGCAGCUCCCAGAACGUUUGGUGGUGCCGCUGCUGUCCGAACACUGUUGGGAUGCUCCGAAUCGCUAGUCACGCCUGGUUUCGUCCUCAUCAUCAGCCGUUUCUACAAGCGCGAGGAACAGCCACUACGCGUCGGGCUUUGGUACUGUUGCAACGGGCUGGGUAGUUUCAUUGGCGCCCUAGUCAGCUAUGGUAUGGGGCAUAUCCAUGUGAGCAACAUACCGUCCUGGGCAUGGAUCUUCAUCGUCAACGGGGGAUUCACCGUCCUCUUUGGUAUCGUCUUUAUCCUGCUUUGCCCUGAAAACCCUCAGAACUGCCGGAUCCUCACACCCCACGAGAAGCGUAUUGCUCUGGAACGCGUACGAGCCAACAAGUCGUCACUCGGGAGCAAACAGUUCAAGUGGUACCAAGUCAAAGAAGCUCUUUGCCCGUGGAUCUGCCCUCAAGGAUGGGCCUAUGUCUUUAUCACCCUCAGUCUGUCUCUCCCCAAUGGUGGAAUUGGAAACUUUUUGCACCUGAUCUUGCAAUCAUACGGCUACAGCUCCUUCCAGACCAUCCUCAUGGGUCUACCCCAGGCCGCCAUGCAAAUCGUCUUUCCCCUGACCGGCGCCAUCAUCGCCAGAAAAGUACCCAACUCUCGCCUUUACGUUCUUAUGGCGUACAUGCUUCCAAGUUUAAUCGGUGUCAUCAUCCAAUACAAGACCCGUCAAAGUGGUGCUCUUCUGUUUGGCUAUUACAUCCUUGGUUCAUACGUCGCCUCUCUGGGUGUCGUCUUUGGCGCUCCUGGUGCCAACGUCGUGGGGUACACCAAAAAAGUGGUCGUGGGUGCCAUGGUCUUUAUUGCCUACGCCCUCGGCAACGUCUGCGGACAGUUCUUCUGGAAAGCGACCGAGACUCCUGCUUACAGGAGUGGUAUGCUUGCGUGCAUCGUAUGCUUCACGGCGACGAUACCGAUGGCGGGGGCGCUGAGGUUGUAUUAUGUGUAUGAAAACAGGAGGAGAGAUCGAUUGCAAGCCGAGAAGGGGGACACGGGGGAGAUUGAGGUAGGGAACUUUGCGGAUAUGACGGAUGUGGAGAAUCCAUCUUUCAGAUAUGCCCUGUAG